GUGAAUUUCGGACUUGAAGGAUUAUGCUUUAAUCGUAUAAACUCAAACUAAUUUACUUAACUUGUAACAUCUAAAUACCUUACUUAUCCAGCAUGAGUUUAAAUUUAGGUGCAACCAAAACCACAAAUCAGCCUUCAAUGUUUACAAUGACUGCACCUGCUAAUGCUUCGUGUGGUUCAACUCAAGCUUCAACAGCUUUCUCCUUAGGGAGAAAYACCCAAUCAACUUCCACUGGUUUUUCAUUAGGUGUUAAAAAUCAAUCAUCUACUGGUUAUUCACUGAGAACAUCAGCAUCUACUGGAUUCUCGUUAGGUCAAACUCAAGCAUCUAAUACUUUAUCAUUGAGAAUAAAUCAAACUUCAACUACUUUCUCUUUGAAUGCUACUCCGACUGUUUCUACUGGUUUCUCAUUUGCUAGUACCACCAAAACAUCUACUGGUGUCUCGUUAGUUACAACUCAAGCAUCUACUGCCUCACCACUGGUCACUACUCAAGUGUCAAAUGCUUUCUCAUUGGGAACAACUAAAGUAUCAACAAAUUUCUCAUUGGGUACAUCUCCAGCAGUUUCUUCAGGUUUCUCAUCAGGUAAAAAAAGCAGUCCUGGAUUUUCAUUGAGCUCUUCUCAAACAACCUCAGCCCAAGCUACUACAUUACAAACUACUGCAGCAAUUACUUCACAACCGCUAUCUGUCACAUCUCGAUCAGAUAGUCAAUUCAGCACAAUUCAACCAAAUAAUUUUCAACAACUUUUUGAUUUAAUGAACAACUGGACUGUCAGCUUAGAAAAUCAAGAAAAACAAUUUCUUAAUCAAGCAAGUGAAAUAACUGUUUGGGAUAAUAUGUUAAAAAAUCAAUCCACUAAGUUGAUAAAACUGAACGAUAUUCUGGAGAAAAAAAAAAAAGAACAAGCCAAUAUUGAAAAUGAACUUGACUUCUUGAUAUCCCAACAAAAAGAACUUGAAGAUUCUUUAGUUUUACUAGAGCAAGAAUUACAAUCUACUGAAGUAUUAAGUAGCUUGAACAAUGAAAGGGAACCAAUUUAUAACGUUGCUCAAGAAAUUGAUAACCAAGUAAAACAAAUGUCAGGGGAUAUUAAAGAAAUAGUAAACGUUUUAAAUGAAGCCAACUCCGAAAAUGAUCAUGAUGAUGAUAAUAAUUUGAAUACUAUUUGUCGAAUAUUGAACUGUCAUAUGACAGCAUUACACUACAUAGAGCACAAUGCAAACAAUUUAAGUUCUAUGGUAUCUGAAGUGAAUGAAGAACAUUCUCGUUUCUUAACAGCUGCUAAUAAUGCUGAUAACUGUUUUGUGUCUUCUUUUAGGAAAAAAUAAUAUAAGAUUGAUAUUUACACAAUUUAAUACAAUAUUG